CUUGGGCCGCCGUCAGCCGUUCUCCUCCAGUCAGACGAUAUCGCCGACCUCGAAAUACCUGGGCUCCCCAAAGGCACGAUCCUGAUCAAAAGCAAGACGGUUGUAAUUCCCGACGCCAUGCGAGGCAAGGGUCCCGGGUCGAGAGGCAAGCCAGGAUUCCGGUGGGUCACGCACAGAACAGGCCCUCUCUGCACACCAGCCUUUGUCAUGACGGAUCAGAAGAGCCAGGGAAAGCAGUUCUCUGAAAUCCUCCUCAACCUCAAGGGCGUCCACGGCAGCAGCGCGGCGACAAGGCCGAGCUUUAUGAGCCUAUACGUACAGCUGACGAGGGCGGAGAGGUGGGAGGGGCUAUACCUCUUCCGGGAACCAGCGCGGGGCGACUUUAUCGAGCCGAGAAAUGUGCUGGACAAAGACAUGAGGGAUGGGGUCCUCAAGCUGGAGAUGCUAGGGCAGGAGACGAGAGAGCGCUUUAUACGUGAUCACAGACAUGAGAGCUGGUUCCAGGACUGGGACAACAUGCUGGAA